GGGAAUUGGGAACACGUUUUCUACAUAACUUAUAAAAACCUUUUAGGCUGACAUUUUAAGAUUUGUCUUAUCUUUAUGGCCCGGUCCACACGCACGAGAGGGUGGCGGCAGUGCAACAAUAACCCUGAUAAGGACAGACGAAGAAGAACGAGGCCCUGUGCAGCAGCGCCAUUUCACGUUUCAUUCAUUAGUACCUAGACCUACGUAGGGUAAGAGAACACACAGAGCUUCAUCAUGGUGAAGAUUUUUAUUGGCAACCUUGCCUGUAACACCACGGCUGAUGAGCUCCGGGAACUGUUUGAGAAAUACGGCAAAGUCACGGAAUGCGACGUCGUCAAAAACUAUGGUUUCGUGCACAUGAGCAACAUGUCGGAGGCGGAGGAGGCCAUCAAAAACCUCCACCAGCACCAGCUGAACGGCUGGCGCAUGAACGUGGAGAUGAGCAAAGGCAGGCCCAAGUCCACCACCAAACUACACGUCAGCAACCUGGGUGAAAGCGUCAAUAGCGAGCUUCUGCGGGCCAAGUUCGAAGAGUUUGGCACGGUGGUGGAGUGCGACAUAGUUAAGGACUAUGCAUUUGUCCACAUGGAAAGAAUGGAGGACGCCAUGGACGCCAUCAAUAAGUUGGACAACACAGCCUUCAAAGGCAAGCUGAUGAAUGUACAGCUGUCCACCAGUCGGCUCCGCACUGCCCCGGGAAUGGGAGAUCAUACUGGCUGCUUUGUGUGCGGGAAACACGGUCACUGGUCGAAAGACUGCCCCGUCGGUCGGAACAGUAGCCACGACGAUGCCGCGAGAGGUCACAGCGGGUGGGGGCCUCCACAGGGCCCCCCAGGUUAUGCCGGGGCCAGCUACGGAAUGGCCGCGCUCCCCGCCGCCGACUAUACCAGCAGCUCCCUAUAUAGCCGGGCCAGUUACGUCGGCGCUUUGCCCCCCCCGCCCCAGAGGCUCAGCAGCUACAGCCCUGAGGCGGGGAAUCGGUUUGCCAGCAGAGCGGUCGGCUUCUACUCCGACAGGUCCUCCCCUUACGAUCAGGAACAUCUCUACGGCAGCGCUGACUAUUACGAAAAGUACCGCGCUCGCCCUUAUGGCUCGAGCUAUUUUGAGGACCGCCGCCUGUCCUAUCUCCCUCCUCCCCCCCCUCCCCCUCCCACCGUCUCUAAGCUUUCAUCCAGUAUGGAUUCGUAUGACCGUCGGGCGUUGCCUCAGCCUUCUACAGCCGCCGCAUACUAUGCGCAGGAGCAAAGCCCCGUCGGGCAAGUCCCACCCUCCACGGCUGGGUACACGUACGAGCGAACGCGCCUGUCGCCGGUGUCUGCCUCCAGGAGCUCGUACUCUGCUCCUCGCCCCAAGGAUCAUUACACGCAGCGCUAUGCCCCGUACUAA